UUCAGAAACUGAAGCAAACGAAACCAGUGUACUUCUGCUGCAAUCAACAUGAUAGCCGCCGCUGUGAAGAAUGACACAAUGAAUCUUUCGUUAGAGCUGCAAUUCACGAAGCAGGGCCUAGAAUAAAGCAUGUUGUCGUGUGAGGCCAAGAAGGGAAAUAUUGAAUAACAGGUUCUUAGAAUUAAGGUCUACUUUUGAACCUGGGCGCCAUGCCACUACAGAUAAACUGGCUGUACUUGUAAAUGCUGCCUGCGUUCUGAAUCAACUUGAAUCUGAAGAACUUAAAAUAUUGAAGAGUUUCCAUCAUCACCAUUAACCAACAAUGGCUACAAUCAUUGCCUCUGAACUCCUGAAUGUUGUGUUUGGGAAGCUGGCCUCUGAAGCCUUGAAUGCAUAUGUUCGGUCCCAAGGAAUUCACUCAGAGCUGAAGAAACUAGAGAGGACUCUGACCCAGAUCCAGUCUCUCCUUAACGAUGCUUCUCAGAAGGAAAUAACUAAUGAAGCUGUUCAAAACUGGCUCAAUGGUCUCCAACACUUGGCUUACGACGUAGAUGACGUACUUGAUGAUCUGGCAACAGAAGCUAUGCAUCGUGAGCUCACCCACCAAUCUGGACCCAUCACCAGCAAGGUAAAAAAGCUAGUCCCAACUAGUAUCAGAAAUUUCAAACUAAGUAAUAGGAUGCAUCACAAGUUAGAUGAUAUAACCACCAAAUUAGAAGAUCUAGAAAAGGAGAAGGAUCGUCUAGGUUUGAUUAAUCUAAAAGAUGAAAAACCGAAAAGACCUUAUCAGACCUCUUUGUUAGAUACAUCUCGUAUUGUUGGAAGGCAGGAGGAAAUAAAGGAAUUGCUAGUGAAGCUAUUUGAGAAUGGGUCAUGUAGUCAGAACUUUAGCAUCGUGCCCAUAGUUGGUAUGGGUGGGUUAGGGAAAACCACUCUAGCUAAACUGUUGUAUGGUGAUGCGGAAGUUAAGAAGCACUUUGAACUCAAGGCUUGGGUUAGUGUCUCAGAUCAGUUUGAUAUCUUAAGUAUAAGCAAAGUUAUCUUACAAUCUGUGAAGGGGGAGGAAAAGGAAUUUGCAGAUUUAAAUCUGCUCCAAGUAGCUCUUAGAAAGCAACUUAGGGAUAAAAGAUUUUUAAUGGUAUUAGAUGAUGUUUGGAGUGAGAGCUAUGACGACUGGCAGACCCUAGUGAGCCCGUUUCAUGCAUGUGCUCCUGGUAGUAAAAUUAUAAUGACAACCCGAAAGGUGCAAUUGCUCACAAAGUUGGGUUAUGAUCAUCUAAACCAUGUGCAAACUCUCUCACAUGACGAUGUUGUUACCUUAUUUGCUCAACAUGCGUUGGGUACAAAUAACUUUGAUUCACAUCCAGUUUUAAAACAAUAUGGUGAAGGCAUUGUGGAAAAAUGUGAUGGUUUACCUUUGGCGUUAUCAGUACUCGGUACGUUAUUAAGGACAAAGACUGAAGAAGAAGAGUGGAAGGAGUUGUUGAACAGUGAGAUUUGGAGGUUAGGAAAGGGGGAUGAGAUUGUCCCGGCUCUUAGACUAAGUUACAAUGAUCUUUCAGCAUGUUUGAAGCAGUUGUUUGCGUAUUUCUCCUUGUUCCCAAAGAACUAUGUGUUUAGCAAAGACUUGUUGAUUUUACUUUGGAUGGCGGAAGGUUUUUUGAACCCGUCAUCUUCAAACAAGUCAAUGGAACGCUUGGGUUUUGAAUAUUUGGAAGAGUUGUUGUCAAGGUCAUUGUUGCAACACGCACCUAAUGACAAAUCUUCGUUUGUUAUGCAUGACUUGCUGAAUGACUUGGCUACAUCUGUUGCUGGAGAAUUCUUUUCAAGAUUAGACAUUGAGAAUGUACCGGAUGUUAGGAAGGAAGCCUUGGAAAGAAACCGCCAUAUGUCAUUUGUUCGUUACCAAUAUGUAACUUACUCGAAGUUCGAACCAUUUAAAAGAGCUAAAAGUUUGAGAACAUUCUUAUCCUUAAAAGGAAACGAUAGUUUUGAAAAGUGCUACCUAUCUCGUAAGAUUCUAGAUGACUUACUUCCCAAAUUACCAAUGUUAAGGGUUCUACGUUUGAAUAAUUUAUGCAUCAGCGAGGUGCCAGAGACCAUUGGCACUUUGAAGCAUCUCCGGUAUCUUAAUUUAUCUAAAAACCCAAUCACACAUUUACCAGAAAGUGUUUGCAAUCUCUACAAUUUGCAAACAUUACUCCUUUCUGGUUGUCGUGACUUAAUUAAGUUGCCCAACAACUUCUCAAAGCUUAAAAACUUGCGGCAUUUGGAGAUUCAUUCUACUCCGCUUUUGAAUAAGUUCCCCCCAUGGAUUGGGCAACUAAAAAGCCUACAGACUCUCACCAAGAUCAUUGUUGGAGGGGAUAAUGGCCUUGCAAUAACCAAGAUUAAAGACCUUACAGAUUUUUUGGGGUGGAUUCACAUCAAGGGGCUGGACAAAGUGGAAAUGGCAAUGCAUGCACAAGAGGCAAACUUAUUGCAAAAGAGGUUUAGAUGGUUAAAACUAGAAUGGAGUGAUGUGUUUGAUGGUUCUCGAAAGGAGUCUCUUGAAAAGGAGGUCCUCUGUGUGUUGAAGCCUAAUAGUGCUAGUUUGACAGUCCUUGAAAUAGCGUCAUAUGGGGGUAAAGAAUUUCCUAAUUGGGUUGGGGAUCCAUCGUUUCUUCAGUUGACUGAGGUGGUUAUACAUGGCUGUAAAAACUGUACAGCUUUACCACCUUUUGGUCAGUUACCAUCACUGAAGGAGUUGUUUAUUGAAGACAUGGAUGAGGUGAAAGCUGUGGGUUCAGAGUUAGUAGGGACUGGUCUUCCAUUCCCUUCACUUGAAGUUCUUAAAUUAGAAAAUAUGAAGAGGUUGGAAGUAUGGUCAACCAACAUUGGGGUUGUGUCGUUUCCAUGCCUUAAAGUGCUUGUUGUAAGAAAUUGUCCUAAAAUGGUUCAAGUGUCGCCUGAAGCAUUACCUUCAUUGAGUGUUCUGGAAAUAUAUGAAUGUGAUAGUGGUGUGUUGAGAAGCCUGGUUCAAGUAGCUUCAGGAGUCUUGCAGUUGAAAAUAGAAAGUAUUUCAGGGCUUGAUGAUGUGGCGUGGAGAGGUGUUAUAGAGUACCUUGGAGCAGUCGAAUAUUUGAUGAUAAAAAAGUGUAACGAAAUAAGAUACUUGUGGGAGUCGAUGGCUAGUAAGGCUCUUCUUAUACGUUUAAUGUAUUUGGAUGUACUGGAAUGUCAAAAUUUGGUGAGAUUAGGAGAGAAAGAGGAUGACAGUUGUGGGAGCAACGUCAUAACAACUCUUAGUUCAUUAAAGAUACAAAAAUGUGAGAGUAUGGAGCAUUGUAGGUGUCCAAAUAACAUUGAGCAGUUGGACAUCUCAGAUUGUCCUUCCAUUACAUCUGUUUCAUUUCUUACAACAGCUGGAGGGCAGAAGCUCAGGUAUCUUUCCAUUAAUCGUUGCGACAAACUGUUAGAAAAGGAGCUAAUAUUUGGAGGAGAUAACACUAGGGUGCUUGUCAACAACACAAGCAUGCCAAUGCUUCAAACUGUAGAAUUAUACAGCUGGCCAAAUCUGACAAAGAUCAUUGAAUUGAAGCAGUUGAUUCACCUUACCUCCCUGGCGAUAGGUAAUUGUCCAAAUAUGGAGUCAUUUCCUGACCACGAGUUGCCUAAUCUCACCUCCUUAACAUACCUGGUAAUAUACAAUUGCCCAAGUCUAGAUGCUUCCUUUCCUCGUGGGUUUUGGCCUCCCAAACUGCAUACCCUUUACAUAGGGGGGUUGAAGAAGCCCAUCUUAGAGUGGGGACCACAGAAUUUCCCAACCUCACUUGUCAGACUAGGGUUAUUCUGUGGAGAGUCAGAAGAAGAUGAUGUGAGUAGAUGCAGUCAGUUGUCUCCUCUUCUUCCUUCAUCUCUUACUUCUCUUCGGAUAUUUUACUUUAAGAAACUGAAAUCAGUUUCAGUGGGACUCCAACACCUCACCUCCCUCCAACAUCUCUUUUUAGAGUAUUGCCCAAAGAUUAAGCAUCUACCAGAAAAUCUGCUGCCUUCACUUUUGAGUUUAACCAUCGAUGAAUGCCCAAAAUUAGAAGGAAGGUGCAGUAGAAGAGGUUCCUAUUGGUCCCGCAUCUCUCAUAUCCCCUGCAUCAAAAUAAAUGAAGAAUGAUCCGUUGCAUCAGAAUAAACACAAGACCAUGGCCUUGCUGCCCGAAGAUCUCCCGCGACCCGUUGAAUUCCGAUUCCCGUUGUGAGAACUUUCAGAAACUGAAGCAAACGUAACCAGUGCACUUCUGCAGCAAUCAACAUGAUAGCCGCCGCUGUGAAGAAUCACACAAUGAAUCUUGCGUUAGUGUUUCAAAGAUUCACUCAAAUUAAAGAUGGGCUGAUUAUAACUAGACUAAACCGUUUUUUCUCGGAGCUGUAAUUCAUGAAGCAGCGCAUAGAAUAAAGCAUGUCAUGAGAGGCCAAGAAGGAAAAUAUUGAAUAACAGAGCUGCAAUUCACAAAGCAGGGCCUAGAAUAAAGCAUGUCGUCGUGUGUGAGGCCAAGAAGGGAAGUAUUGAAUAACAGGUUCUUAAAAUUAAGCUCUACUUUGGAACCUGGCCGCCCUCCACCACUGGUAAACUGGCUAUACUUGGAGAUGGUGUCUGCGUUCUGCAUCAGCAUAAAUCUGAAUCGCAGGAUUUCAAAGAGAUGAAUGAGAAACUUGCCGAAGAAAUUAAAACAUUGAAGGGAAAUCCUAAAAGAAUCUUCUCAUUGCUUGCCAAAACCGGCAGGCAGAGAAGAACGAGCUUCGUGAAUAGAACUUGUUUUAAAGGCGGAAAAAAGCAAAAAUGGAGCAGCAGAUCAAGUGCAUGACCAGUGAUCUUCCACCAUGUGGAUCUAUGACAUCAUAUCCGGCUGCAUUUCGGGCUGGAGCGAACAAGAUGCCUGUUUUUCUAGGAAAUGGUUACAUUCCAAUGUGGCAGUAUUUACCACAAUCUACAUGUGAUACGUCUCAUGAUCAUGAGCUCAAGGCACCUGCUGCUUAAUAACCUAACCAAUGAGAAAAUUGUUAGCGCAUUGUAGUUUGUAAAUAGCUUGAACGGGUUGGAUAAGUGGUGAGUUUUAACAGGUCAGUUGACCCAGUCUUCGUCUCGGUUUGACCUGGUAGUGGAAGUGAAUGUUGCAAGUUUGUUGUUGAUUUUAGGGAGAUGUGAACCGAGUUUUCGCAUGUGAUUAUUUGAACCUUUUCUUAUGUUAACAUUGUAAAAGUUAAUUCCGUACAUUAUUUGAUUUAAAUUUAGAAUUCAGUUGUCUUUUUACCUGAAAGACAUAGGAUUUUAAAUAUCAAUCUGUAAAAAAACUGACUUGAAGUUGUCAAUUAAAUCAUGAUUUGCAGUUUGAUGAUA